CCACAAAUCAAAAUCCCACGUGCCACACGUUUGGAAUUCUCUCCUGGAUAGAAAUAUCGUUCUUUGUCAGGAUCCAACUUUCCACUCGUUUGAAAUGCCACUUUCUGCUUCCAUGGCCUUAAUUCAAUCUACGAAAACAGAGGGAGAUCUUGCUCCUUCUCCUCUUCCAUUUCCAUGGCUUGAAUUUAAGAGAUUUAUUUGAGUCCUUUAGCUCAUACAUGGCCUGCCCAUCAUCAACAAUAUGCAGGACAACAACUGACUCUGCUUCCAAAAUUUCAAGCUGCUACAGCAACACCUCCAUGCUCCUCUUCUCCUCCACCAUUUCCAGCAAACGCCAGCGUUUCAUCACUUGUUCAUUAGACCCCAUCUCAACUUCAUCAACAACAUCUUCUUCUUCUUCUGGCUGUUCUUGGUCUUCAACAUCUCAGAAAGGUAACAUAACAAACAAAAAAUCUCUUGAAAUACAAAGAACCAAGGAUGGGACUUUCUCAGUUAUACAUAGUGAUAAUCGCAAACCAUCUGAUCAAAAGAAGAUCAAGAAAAGCAACAAGGACGAGACUAAGAAAUCCGGUCCAAGAAAGCGACGACCUUUGUGGCAAAAGGUUUUCUUUGCAUCCAAGAAGAUGAGGAGUAUUAUCUUGCUCAAUUUCAUCACAAUUGUCUAUGCGAGUGACAUUCCAGUUAUCAAAGAAGUUGAAGCUAUUAUGGACCCGGCGGCCUUCUCAGCAGUGCGAUUUGUCAUGUCAGCCAUCCCAUUUCUGCCAUUUGUGUUCCAAUCACGAGAUGAUGUCCAGACCCGCAAUGCAGGGAUGGAGUUGGGGUUCUGGAUCAGUCUAGGGUACCUUCUUGAGGCACUUGGAUUGCUUACAUCUGAUGCAGGUCGUGCAUCGUUUAUUUCUCUGUUCACAGUUAUUGUGGUACCUUUGCUUGAUGGCAUGCUGGGAGCAAUCAUACCCACUCGUACUUGGUUUGGAGUUCUCAUGUCUGCUCUUGGGGUUUCUAUGCUGGAAUGCAGUGGAUCACCUCCAAACGUUGGUGAUCUUUUGAACUUCUUGAGUGCACUAUUUUUUGGUAUUCACAUGCUGCGAACAGAGCAUAUUUCAAGAAGCACAAAGAAAGAAAACUUCUUAGCAAUUCUUGGAUAUGAGGUUUGUGUUGUUGCUCUCUUAUCCACAAUCUGGGUUUUCAUUGGAGUGUGGUUAGAUGGUGCCCGCUAUUCCAACCAAUCAUCAUGGAUAUGGACAUGGACAGAGUUAUGGGACUGGAUUGUUGCAUUUCCAUGGAUACCUGCACUUUAUACUGGUGCAUUUUCAACUGGGUUAUGCUUAUGGAUUGAGAUUGCAGCUAUGCGUGAUGUUUCAGCGACAGAAACAGCCAUAAUUUACGGGAUGGAGCCAGUGUGGGGUGCCGGUUUCGCAUGGUUUCUACUUGGUGAAAGGUGGGGUACACUUGGAUGGAUAGGGGCUGCUCUUGUGCUUGGUGGAAGCUUAGUGGUGCAGAUAUUUGGGUCCUCACCUCCCCAAGAAUUUACAGUGGCUGAAGAUGGUAAUGAGAAAGGCGAUCUCCGACGACUUCCCACUGAGCAUAAAUUACAAAAUGGUCUCUCUACUUCCCCGAUUGUUGUCAGAUCCAAAAAGGAUGUUUCAGAAUUUUUAAAAUGAUCCCUCCUCUUUUGUUUCAAGUUUCAACUUCAUAUAUAUAUAUAUACCUACAAGCUUGAUUUUAGCCAACAAA